UGGGGGCUGUACUCCCUACUUCAUUUAACAUGUCUUUCAGCCAUAAUCUCUCCUUCACAGCCUGCAAUCCCUGCUUCAAUCGUUUGAGAGAGCAACAAUCAAUUGAAGGUGGUUGGCUUUCCAGCUAAUUACUUGGCCCCAAGCAAUAAAAACAAAACCAGUCAAUGACCUUCUCUUUCGUAUCGAGGUCACCUAUGAAGCCAGGAUCAACAUAACCUUCAAUUACUCCACCUGAAAAUGUAUCAUUUCCAUAUGCUAAAACCAAGGGAAGUUGUUGUUCCCUUGAGGUAUCUGACCAUACAUUUCACCGAAUCCCAUGGAUAUUCCCUAAAUUACUCGUAUAUCUGCUCACUAAGUUCACUGAGUAUGUCAUGUCAGGUCUUGUACAAGCCAUGGUAUACAUAAGACUCCCCGCUGCAUUUUGAGAAUGGGCACUGCAGCCAUAUAACUUUUGUCUUCAUCUGGUUGAGGCGAGUUGCAAGUGAUGCACUGCUGGCUUAAGGGGAGCUUCCAUAGGAGUCUGAACAACUUUACAAUCCCUCAUUCCAAAAGUUUCCAGUAUUGUCAUUGUGCAAUCCCUCUGAGAAAGAAACAAUUUCCUUCUAAGUCCUUUUUUCUUAAUCUCUGGUUCUUAGGAUUUUCUUAGCCGGACUAAGGUUCUUACUCUCGUUGAUUUUCUCAAUGUCCUUGUUGAUCAAGAGCACAUCAUCAACAUGUAACAGUAGGUAGGAGAAAAUACAUGCAACUAUCAUAUCUUUUAUACCAUUGUCUUGGCACCUGCUUCAGACCAUACAAUGAUUUCUUAUCAAUAAACACACAUGAUCUUCAAGUCCUUUGAUCAGAAACUCUCCGACUUUUCCAUUAGAACUAUCUUCUCCUCAAGAUCGUCAUGCAAGAACGCAGUCUUAAUAUCCAUAUGUUCUAAUUCCAGGUCAUAUUGUGCUACCGUACACUAUGAACAUACAUGCUAUUUUACAUCACUUUAAUGAACAUAGCCUGCUGAACCAUACACAAUUAAGUUUUCUUGUAUUGCUUUUGGAUUAUUGUUGAAGGGCACCUGUUAAUUGGAUGGCAUGGUUGAAUACUUGUGGGGUGUAACAUGGAAAAAACUACGCUGAAGGAGGUAAGAACUUGCGGAGAAAAUUUCUUUCAUUAUCAAUAAGCAACGGGGAUACAAGUAGCUUUUCUCUCUAAACAAUACACCCAUGACCUGCCUUUACAUCACAUCAAUGGGCCAAAGUUGCUACCCAAAAGAGCAAGCCAAAAUGGGCUUAAAAGAACCUUAACCUCUAUGAGCGGACUAAGGGCCUAGCCCAAUAACAUCCACGAGAAAAGGGAAAAAUUAAUAUCAUUAUAAAGAACAUAAAACAAUAUUACACUCUCAGAGCUCUCUAAUCCCAAAAACUUUACUUUUCACUUGGUAAAAUAAAUCCUCUUUGAUUACAACCAUUUCCAAGUCUACUUCCCCAUUUAUAAUGGACUUGACCAUAAUAGAAAGCCAUAUUGGACUAAGGCUAUUUUUUAGGGUAAACAAAUGUAGAUAGGAAAACAAAUUGGGAUGGACUGGGCCAUGAAGAUUGGAUCAGGCCUAGGUCGACAUUGAGCCCAAGAUAAAAUCCGAAUCAAACGACACCGUUCUCCCAACCUCUCCCAAGUCUCACCGAAACAGAGGGGCCAGUGAGACAAAGGGUUUCUCAAGGGUUUUGGCCACUCAGGGAAUCCGCCAUGAGACGAGCUUCGUCGAAGCUUGUAUCACACCUCUCCUAUUACAGAAACCUUACUCCUCUUCUUUCCAGAAAUUACAUCUCGGAACUCUCUCCAUCUAUAUCCACCAAUGAUCACGUUUCAUCAUUAUUAUCGUCGUCAUCCAACCACAUCAGACCCUGCAAAAAAACCAGUGGUUUGCUACUCUCAAAGGGCAAAUCCGACCCAUUUCAGACAAACCCAUCUCGAAAUCUCAAUACCCAGAGUGAAACUCCCCCGCAAAUCUCCUCAAGACAGAGAAAAAUCAAAGAAAGAUCGCAGCUUGAGGAGACUUUUGAGUCUGCAACCUCAACUGAGUCAAUGCUAAAAGCAUUUCAAGAAAUGGAGUCAUCUUUUGAUGAGAAAGAGCUUGGGUUGGCUUCCUUGAAACUUGGCCUCAAAAUGGACCAGGAAGGUGAGGACCCUGAAAAGACUCUGGUUUUUGCUAAUAGAGCUUUAAAGGCUUUAGAUAAAAAUGACAAACCUUCUUUACUUGUUGCCAUGGCGUUACAAUUAAUGGGUUCUGCUAAUUAUAGCUUAAAAAGGUUUAAUGACAGUUUGGGGUACCUUAAUAGAGCCAAUAGGGUAUUGGCUAGGUUAGAGGAGGAGGGUUCUUGUAGUGUUGAUGAUAUUAGGCCGGUGCUUCAUGCCGUCCAGCUUGAGUUGGCAAAUGUGAAGACUGCCGUGGGGAGGAGAGAGGAAGCUCUUGUGAAUCUCACCAAAUGUUUGGAAAUAAAGGAAAUGACUUUGGAGAAAGAUAGCAAGGAAUUGGGUGCAGCAUAUCGGAAUUUGGCUGAAGCGCACACUGCAGUUCUGAAUUUUAAGGAAGCACUGCCAUUUUGUUUGAAGGCGUUGGAGAUACAUAAGAAACAAUUGGGACAUAAUUCAGUAGAGGUGGCACAUGAUAGGCGACUUCUUGGGGUUGUUUAUACUGGGUUGGAAGAGCACCAGAAGGCAUUGGAACAGAAUGAGUUAUCACAGAAGGUUUUGAAGAAUUGGGGUCUUAGUUCUGAACUACUACGUGCGGAGAUUGAUGCUGCAAAUAUGCAGAUUGCAUUGGGGAAGUUUGAUGAAGCCAUAAAUACUUUGAAGGGUGUUGUUCAGCGGACUGAUAAAGAGAGUGAGAAUCGAGCACUGGUUUUUAUUUGUAUGGCAAAAGCCUUGUGUAAUCAGGAGAAGUUUGCAGACUCAAAGAGGUGCUUAGAGAUUGCCUGUGGAGUUCUUGAUAAGAGAGAAAUGGUGUCUCCUGUUGAAGUUGCUGAGGCGUACAUGGAGAUAUCAAUGCAGUAUGAGACUAUGAAUGAAUUUGAAACUGCAAUUUCAUUGUUGAAGAGAACUCUGGCCAUGCUUGAGAAGCUCCCGCAAGAACAGCACUCAGAAGGAAGUGUUUCUGCAAGAAUAGGAUGGUUGCUUCUAUUGACAGGUAAGGUGGCGCAGGCCAUUCCCUACUUGGAGAGUGCUGCAGAAAGGUUGAAAGAGAGCUUUGGUUCAAAGCACUUUGGGGUGGGGUACAUUUACAACAAUUUGGGGGCAGCAUAUUUAGAACUUGAUAGACCUCAGUCAGCUGCACAGAUGUUUGCAGUUGCAAAGGACAUUAUGGAUGUCUCACUUGGCCCUCAUCAUGCGGAUUCAAUUGAGGCAUGCCAGAACCUUUCAAAAGCAUAUGGUGCCAUGGGAAGCUAUGUGCUUGCAAUUGAGUUCCAGCAGCGAGUGAUUGAUGCGUGGGAAGGCCAUGGGCCGAGUGGUUAUGAAGAACUCAGAGAAGCCCAAAGGAUUCUCACAGAACUAAAGAAGAAAGCUCGUGGUGCAACCUCAAAUGAGCUUAUUACAAAGGCCUUGCCUUUGCCCCACUCUACUGGGUCUGCCCCAACCAGAAAUUUGCCAUCUGAUGUUCCAGUUGAUGAAAAGCGAUCGAAUGUAAUUUAGCAUACUCUUUUUAUGAACUGACCUACUGCAUAGUGAAGCACAUUGAUGCAAAAUUGAGUUUUCUCCUGGCUACGGCAUAGAUUAUCGGUUUGGUUAUUUUGGUAUCUUUGUAAUACAUAUAAUAAUGUAGCUACUGGCUUAGCAUCCAUGAAGGUGCCUAAGCAGAUACCCAUAAAUUUUGCUAUUCUUUGAUAUCCAUUUUGGGGAAACCUAAACAACUUCUUUACCA